AUGCCAGCCCCCAGUCUUCUGCGGAAGGCCAGCAGACUCUCGGCAUCCUUUACUAACCUGAUAAGGUGAAGGGAGAGGCCCAUGGUGGGUGCUAUGCUAGCAAAUGGCAGAAAUGCAGCUUCUGUUCAUAGGUGGGAGAAGAGAAGAAUCGUUUAAAUCAGAAAGCAACUUCAAACUAACGAGCUGUCAGGACUGCAAGGCCAAGGCAGCACUGAAUUCCUUGCAAAAUAAGCAGGCAGGAGAGAGAGGGCUCUAUUUCCAAUACAUUUCCAAUACAGGACAAUGGCACAGAUGCAUUUUGGUUGUGACUGUGAUAGCGUGCUUAUGCAGACUCCGCACUAAGCAGGCUGAGGUCAGUUGUGUAUCAGAAAUGUGUUCUGUGACAGAAGGUGUGAGCAUACGUGUGUUUGCUAUGGGUUCUGACAUACUCCCUGGGCCACAACACUCACCUGGGUCCCAGGUCAUGACAACCACGCAUCAAUACUAGACCUUUCCACUGUUGUUUGUCGCUAGAAGUGCAUGGGCUAGAGCUUGUAUAUAUGUCUAACAUGCUUCAGUAUGUAUACUGUGUUUAAUUUUCUCUGAUUCAGGCCCUAGAAGUGAUCAUUCUGGAGCCCUUACACAAUGCAGUUCAUGGGAAGAAAGAGCCUCUAAUCCUUAAUGUUUUGAAGCUGCAAGACAUUUUAAUCAAUAGGCUCAGUUUGCACAAAAGGACUUGGAAUCCAAAUAUUCUUAAUUAUAUGAAAUUAAAAAAUGAUAACUGCAGCAAUAAAGGCAGAAGACUUAUCUGUGAAUAAGUGCCUUUUCUUUUUCCCUUAUCAGUACAGAGAAACAAAAGAACAACUGAAGAUGAAAUUGUUGCCAAAUGAACUAUUAUACUUCUUAAUAUGUUUUUCAUUGCUUAAACAGAUAUGUAUUGUCUUAUAAUAGGCCGGGACAAAACAAAUACUCUGAAAAUGAGAUGUUGCAGCAAUUGCCAACAUUCUUCUUCUACUCUUUUAAAGGUAACUUUCAUAUGCCUUUGUUAUAGACAGUAAUUUUAAAGGCAUGCUGCUAAACACUCGUAAUUAUGCUUGGUUUUAUAUGAAUUUAGACUAAUAUAAACACCUACAUUUGAAAAGGUUUCUCUUUCCACAGAGAUAUUAUUGUGCACCUACUGUUCAUCUUCCAAAACAAUUAACGAAGAUGAAAGGGGAGACAUUGCUUAAAAACAAAUAGACUUUGAAGUGUCUUUUCAUCUAGUCAAGGAACACCAUGGAUCCUGUGGUCUUUUGUCCUCUUGCUGUAGUUUCCAGCUUCCUGUGAAUCUUUACAAAACAUCAUUCUGAUCUGAAUAAGGCCUGCAGGUAUGUAUUCCCGCCCCCCGCCCCCCAAAGCCUGGCAAAUAGCUGAAAAUCUAUCUUCUCCCUGGUUCUUCCUGUGCAGUUCUUGACAGAUAUGAAGGAAACAAAUUGGUGUUUUUUUUAAAAAAGCGGCUUCCUGUAGCUGAUUCCCCCAACACAUACUUGCACACAAUGUCUUAUAUCACUCUGCCUUUUUCAUACUCGCCAAUCUUACCCGCUGUUUCUCCACUGCGUGCGCCUGUUGUAAAAGUGUACUGAAUCAAUACUUAAAACAGGAGCACAUCCUCCGGCUGAACGUAUUUGGCUGACAUACGACCAGCUUUCUGUUUGCUUGCUUUUAGCUAUGGCAUCAGAGCUAACAACAUCACUACUUUGUCCUGAAUUUGCAAAGGACACAGCUUGGGGUUUGUGAGGCUUGUAUAUAUAAAAAUUUGAGUUCUCUGGGUAAGAAGACAAUGGGCGGACUGAAAAUGUUUCUAAAAUGUUUGUAUCAUACAGAACCAGCUUGUUUGUGUACUUUCUGUACACAACUCCGCUCCUAAAUGCCACUGCUGUCUCAAGUAAGAGUAGGCUAAGGUUCCUAAUGAAAUGGUUUGAGAAAGGCAUCAUUUCCUGUGGUGUAAAUACACAUAUUUCCCAUUGUUGUUGGCAUCUUGUUUGUUUCGGGAGACAAUGUAGGGGUGCACAUUUGAGGGGGAAAUCAAACAAUUGGAAGGUUGCAGUGCCUGCUGUGGUUGUAGAGACCAAAACUGAAGAUGCGUGUUUUGUUGCAAUUGGGGCAAUGGAGGAUGGCGAGGAAAUGGGGUCAGUGCACAGGAACCAGAGCAGCAGGGCCUAUCACCAGAGCCAGAAGGGCCCCUGUCUCUACAAACAUGGUGGGCUCUGAGGUAUAGGGAGCAGCAGGAGUGGUGCUGUAGGAGGCUGAGGCAGGCAAGGGCUCACAGCCCGGCUCCCUAGCUGGCCAGGUGGGGCUCGCUAGCUCUGGGAGGAGGUGUGCGAUUUCUUAGCUGGAGUAGGCUCAGGACAGGUGAGGGUCCCAUUCCUCAUCAAGCUCAGAUGCUGCAAUCAGCACGCAAGAUAUAAAAGGGAAGCAGGGCUGAGAUGCUGUGUCUGGUCAACUUCUGCCCUUGUUCUGCCACAGCCUGGAUGUUCCAGGGAGAUCUUCUGGACUGCGCUAAUGUGUGUCAGGCUUCAGGCAAUCAGAUCCCUCCCCUGGGAUAAGCAGAUAAAAAAAGGAAGCGUUCUUACCAAUUAGUUUGUUCAAUAAUCAGAGCGAGAGACAAAGGAAUGUGGUCUCUCUAUAGAAAUAGCAUUGCUCCUAGUAAUGUCCCACCUCCCUUUCAUCUCCCCUAUUCUACGUCAGUCCUGCAUUGGCUAAUCUGAGCCUUCUGCCGCUGAGCUCUCUAUUCUACUAUCCUCAAUGCCUGUCUGGUCCUGGGUGAAGGGGGGUCAGGAAUGCUUUCCAAGGACACUGAGUCUGCCGUCUGUCUCUCCCCUGGUGCUUCUUCUUCCUGCUGUUCAUCUUCCAAUAUUUCCCAGCUUCUGCCCUCUGCAGCCUCUGAACUAUGCCCUUCUGCAAACCACUGAUCUAAAUCUAUACUGUCCUCCUGUUGUCAGGAAGGUUCAUGAGAAGGUUCAUCAUUCCUCCUCAGUCCUGCCCCUAACAGUGUGGGACUGACUUCCGGAUGCCUGACCCCUGAAUCAGGCAGAGGCAGGAACCUGUUCUGACUGGACUUUGGACCAGUUGGCCUGCCAUACUAAGCACGAGCAUCUGCCAUGGAAUCGUGUACACCUUGCCGCCAGGUACCCUGUGAUUCAGGACAUCACGCCAUGACUCACUUCCAUAAAGCAGUGUGCUCAGUUUGCAAGCCUGGUAGACUUUCAUAUUGGUAUUGGACAUUAGCACUGCAUUGUGCCAUAUCCUUUUUAGAGAGGCAAGCCAUUGCCCUAGCUGCCUUGCCAAUGCACUUGUCCAGCUCAGCAUCAAUGGAGACACUGCUGCAUAUGGUGGAACCUAGGUAGACAAAUUUGGGCUUGGGUUAGGUCUGGUUGGUUAUGAACAGUUCUGUGUGGCACCUUGUAACUACUCUCCUCUGGCCCUGCCUGUUAGGCGCCGCCUAGUUGCCCUACUAGAUCCAGAAUCCACCAACCAACGCUGAGAAAUAUUUGAGGGGUUAAUGGAAUCAACUUGUAACCCAGUGUACAAUGGCAUAACAAAUCGUAGCACUCGAGAUGCUGACAGUAUCCAACAAAGCAUAUUUAUGUAUCUCCAUCACAAUCUGUUCAGAUAAAAAUAGAGGUUCUGAUUUGUAGUCAUAGCAAGAAGCAGAUCAGUGUAUACUAAAAUACAGUAGAUUAAGAAUUCCAAGAAAUGCGGUUGGUACUGGCUCAGCAGUCAGAUGCAUGAGUGAGAAUAGAAAAAGAUAUUGCACCAUGGCCACACAUAUGAUUUUUUUUUUUUUUAAUUGAAUGUUAGAAACGAAGCAACUUUUAUUGACACUUCAUGCGGAAUAUUGGGUUGCAUCUUCAGUCAUUACUUAUGUUUGCUUGAUGGGUUUUUAUUAUUAAAAUGCACAGAUGAUAACAUCAUGGCUCUUCACAUGAUGCACAAAGAGAAAGUUGGUCAAACUAUAAAAUAUAGAUAAAGAAAGGUAGCUGUUUUAAAAGAAAACUGCAAAAUUAAUUCUGAAAUAUGUAUUUGAGUAAAAUAGUACAAUACUAGCCUUCUUCACAGAUCUGUAAAAUAAAUGGGAAUGUCACUACACCCUUUACUGUUUUAAUUAUGGACUGUAUAUAGUACUUACAAUGGCGUACACUUUCAUUUCCAAUUUAUGUGUUGUUAGUUUUGCAUUAUGGGCUAAGGUAGUUCACCAAUUAAAGCAGUUCAGUAGACUAAUCACCUGUCUUUCACCUUGUGCAUGAUUUACAUUUAAAAAAAACCAGCGAACCUUUAAUGCAGAUAGUAGCUACAAAUGGUUUUCACCCCUUCUGCAGUUGACCUUUCCUGAAAACCCUGUGUCCAGCAAAAACAAAAACCCUACUUUAAGAAUAUGUGAGGAAACAACAACCAAUGGAAAACGCUUGGUACAGAGACAGCACACAGGCUUCUCCUUAACCAAACAUUAUGCUCCAGAGCUUGCUCAGGUGCCAUCGCUUCCUGCCAGGGAACAUGAGAUUUGUAGUUUUCUCUGUUUUCUGAAUAGAACUGGGAGAGCCAGAGAAAACUAUGUGCAUAUUUCCCAGAAGGAAAUGAUGACUUGAGUCACAGGGGUCAGCAAACUUUUUCAGCAGGGGGCUGGUCCACUGUCCCUCAGACCUGGACUAUAUUUUUUUUGGGGGGGUGAACAAAUUCCUAUGCCCCACAAAUAACCCAGAGAUGCAUUUUAAAUAAAAGGACACAUUCUACUCAUGUAAAAACAUGUUGAUUCCCUGACUGUCCCCGGGCCGGAUUUAGAAGGCGAUUGGGCCGGAUCCGGCCCCUGGGCCUUAGUUUGCCUACCCAUGACUUGGGAGCAUGACACUGGUAUUUCCCUCUGCUCAAUUCAAUUUGUGAGGCAGAUGGAACUACACAUCGUUCUUCUUUUCAGAACAUUUAAGAACAUCAUUUCCAACUUGGUUAGAAAGACAUCUCAGCAGAGUCCACCUCAUCAUCACUUGCCACCUUUGCCCUUCUCACAUAUUAGAGGUUGCUUUGUUUUACUUUCUUGCUUGAGGAGGCUGUGGGAGGAACUGGUAGGAGAUGUGCCUGCAUCGUAAGAAGAUAAGACAAGAUUCCUGGAUCAGGCCAAUGGCAUCCUGUUCUCACAGUGGUCAAACAGAUCCCUGUGGGAAGCCUGCAAGCUGGAUAUGAGCACAGCAGCCCUCUGCCUACCUGUCUUUCCCAUCAAUUAGAGGUCAGAGACAUAUAGAGGUUUUUACAAGACCUUGCAUGUAAGGGGCCCCUCCAACUGGCUCAUAUGCAACCAGAAAAAAUAGCUGGGCCUGGUGAGCACUUAAAGUUCCCAACUCCAUAGUUAUAGCUAUAAUUUGUGGGUUGCCAUCUGAUUUUAUUCUGAUUUUAAUAUGAUUUUAAGCUGUAUUUCAACUGAUUGUUGGAUCUUAUGUUUUAAUAUAUUAUAUAUUUGAUGUUAGCCACCCUGAGCCUGGUCUUGUCCGAGGAGGGCGGGAUAUAAUUUUAUUUUAUUUUUAUUUUUUUAUUAUUAUUAUUAUUAUUAUUAUUAUUAUUAUUAUCAAUGCCACCUCUGACAGCAGAGAUAGAACAUAACCAUAAUGGCUAGUAGCCAUUGUCAGCUGCUUAGCUUUUAUUCUAGCUUUCCUCAGGAGUAUUACAAAAUGAACUCUUAAGGGAGGGAAGACUAGCUUAAAAAAAAACCCCAACCAAAUGGUUUUGAAGCAAACCAAGGGGUAUUCUGACUAGCCUUUGACUGUGUCAACCACACCAAACUAUGUCAAGUUCUUUAAGAAAUGGGAGUGCCUGAUCACCUCAUCUGUCUCCUGAGAAAUCUCUAUGUGGGACAAGAAGCUACAGUUAGAACUGGAUAUGGAACAACUGAUUGGUUCAAAAUUGGGAAAGGAGUACAGCAAGGCUGCAUAUUGUCUCCCUGCUUAUUUAACUUAUAUGCAGAAUUCAUCAUGCGAAAGGCUGGGCUGGAUUUAAUUAAGAUCGCCAGAAGAAAAAUCAACAACCUCAGAUAUGCAGAUGACACAACCUUGAUGGCAGAAAGUGAGGAGGAAUUAAAGAACCUUUUAAUGAGUGUGAAAGAGGAGAGUGCAAAAUAUGGUCUGAAGCUCAACAUCAAAAAAACAAAGAUCAUGGCCACUGGCCCAUCAUCUCCUGGCAAAUAGAAGGUGAAGAAAUGGAGGCAGUGAGAGAUUUUACUUUCUUGGGCUCCAUGAUCAGUGCAGAUGGUGACAGCAGCCACGAAAUUAAAAGACGCCUGCUCCUUGGGAGAAAGGCGAUGGCAAACCUAGACAGCAUCUUAAAAGCAGAGACAUCACCUUGCCAACAAAGGUCCGUAUAGUUAAAGCUAUGGUUUUCCCAGUAGUGAUGUAUGGAAGUGAAAGCUGGACCAUAAAGAAGGCUGAUCGCCGAAGAAUUGAUGCUUUUGAAUUAUGGUGCUGGAGGAGACUCUUGAGAGUCCCAUGGACUGCAAGAAGAUCAAACGCAUCCAUUCUUAAGGAAAUUAGCCCUGAGUGCUCACUGGAAGGAUAGAUCGUGAAGCUGAGGCUCCAAUACUUUGGCCACCUCAUGAGAAGAGAAGACUCCCUGGAAAAGUCCCUGAUGUUGGGAAAGAUGGAGGGCACAAGGAGAAGGGGACGACAGAGGAUGAGAUGGUUGGAUAGUGUCCUCGAAGCUACAAACAUGAGUCUGACCAAACUGCGGGAGGCAGUGGAAGACAGGAGUGCCUGGCGUGCUCUGGUCCAUGGGGUCACGAAGAGUCGGACACAACUAAACGACUAAACAACAACAACAAGGGGUAUUCGGUAGGGGUGUGCAUCAGCUCUGUGUAUCUCCCAGGUUUCAAGGUGGAUAGGGGUGCUUUGGGGACAGUUUUUGGCAUGCCUGAGUUGGACUGCACCAUUAACAAAUAAUCUCAAGUAGGAUCAAGGUUGCUCCUUAGUCUUCUAUAGAAAAGUGAAACCAAACUGACAAAGGGAAUAUGAGGAGAGGGGUUGGAGAGGUGGAUGAGCUUUUCAACUAUUAUUCUGAAAUUUGGCAGGCUUCAUCCCCUGCAAGUUGCAUCCAAUUAUGGUAUAAACUAUAACAGACUUUUUAUUUUGUAGAAAAACAAGGCAAAGGUUUGAAGAUGCCCUGUAUGAUGUAUCUGCCUACAAACUGACAGGCUUAAUUGAUGCAUGCAAAUAUUAUCCACUUCAGCAAAAGGGGGUGGGGAUGGGAAUACAGCAAUUUUAGACUCUAUUAUAGUUCAUUCUUAACGGAUAUAAUUUAGUCCCAAAUAAUGAGUCAAAUUGGAAAGACGCAGACUGGCUCUGAAAUGGGCUACUUCCCUAAGCUGGGUACAAAUCAUAUCUUGCAACUAGCAUACACUCAUCAGUAGAUAUAGCUAGAAUAUCAUCUGUUGAUCUUUACUGUUUAUACAAGAGGUAGAUAACUGUUGCUCUCCAGAUAUUGUUGAACUUCAGCUCUCAUCUUCCCUGGUCAUUGCCCACGUUAGGUAAGGAAGAUAAGAGUUGGAGUCUAACACAUUUGGAGGACACCAGCUUAGAGAAUACUGAUAUAGAACCUGCUUUAUUUUCUCUUUGUCUUCCAAGUAUUCCCCAUCCCCUGAUGUCACCACUUAUUUGACCAGGCAUUGUUUAUGGUUGUUCAAGAUUACAUCUGCUGCUAUCAAAAGGCUAGAAACCGUUUUAUUGAUCCAAGUCUGCAAACGACAAGCAAGGAGCAUUAAAAUCUAUCACAAAUGUCAGUGUCAUAUAGCGGGUCAUUUAACAAAUGAAAAUUAUUAGGCUUUGCUGUCAUUAUAUUCUUUGCACAAGAGUGCUUUGAAGAAUAACCACCUGAUCUAGCUCCUUGAAUCUGCUGUGCCCUUUUCACGAAUUGCUUUUUAGUUAUCUGACCUGAUUAUUGUUUUCAACAUUUUGUGGUAAGGUGCUUUGAGUAUCUCAUGAACUGGAAAAGCAGGAUAUAAAUAUUUGAAAUAAAUGAUAAAUAAAAGCCCAAUGUCUCUACAGCCAGCUAACUUAUUCUGCAGCCUAGAGACAAACAGUAAGAAAUGCUACCAUCUCCAGCUGUGCAUGAAAGUAUCAAGGUAUCAAGGAAUCGAUCUUGUUCUUCUUCACAAAGGUUAGGAAUCUGUGGAAUGAAGAUGUGGAACUAGCAGAGGCCAGAUGCAGAGUUAUGGAUCAAUUUGUGGCAUACUGGCUGGCACAUCAACCUGCCAUUUGUGGCCUAGCUAAAGAAGAAUUAAAUAGCUGGUCUAAAAGGAAAGCAGGGCAGAGGUAAUACUCUGCUAAACAAAUCUGUCUAAGGUGAUAUUCUGCUAGAUAGGAGAGAGUUAAUAAAACUAAGAUGACAAUCAGGUUAUUAGUCACUAGAUCCAGUGUUUGUGUAGGUGUGAGGAAAACCCUGAAUUAAUCAAUGUGGCAACAGAAACAAUCUAUUAUCUUUGCAAACUUAGCAGAAUGUGUGCAUGAAGGGAUUGUAAUUGGCUGCUAGUACCUGCAUCCUAAUGAGCGUGGGGCUGCAAUCCUAAACACAUUUAUUUGGGAGCAGCUUCCAUUGAACACAACAGUGCACAUGACUGCACUGUUCAAGUCUUCUCAUGCAAAUAGUCCACUCAGGUGGGCUGUGCAAAGUCACAGGAAGUAUUUGUGUGACGUAGUGCAGCUUGACUUCUGCAGUGAGAAAAAAGCAACUUGUGGCUUUAUUUUCUAAUCCCAAAAGACGUUCUAUGAUUGCAUUCUAGUCAUUUUCAUUACAUUGGCGUUUCUUUCUUUAAUUACUAUUACUAUUACAAAAUAAAAUAAACAUAUUUUGUGCUUAAAAUACACUUAAAACAGAUCCUUAUUAUAAUAGGUUUCAAGCAUGUUCUAGCAAACAAAAAUCUCCCAAUGCUACUUUCUGCAGUUCAUUUAUUUCAAAGUAUUUUUAUCCUACGUUUUCCAUUUCGGAGGGGGGGGGAAUGCCCCAAAGUGACUGUCAGAAUAUAAAUCAACCUCACAAUAGUGCAAUCAAGUUAACAGCAUGAUCCUGUAUUACAGCUUGAUCCUAUGUAUUUUAACUCAAAAGUAAGUCCUAAUGGGUUCAAUUGAGCUUAUUUACUAGUAACUAUGUCUAGAAUUGCAAGGUGCUUUUCUUUUCUUUUCUUUUAAAAAAUGAACAAAUAAAUGAAAAUUUUACGUAGCCAAUAAAGGUGGCAUAAUACCCGAUCAGGCCUGUGGGCUCCAGUUAACAUAUGGCUGGCAGCUGCAUUUUGAAUCUAUUCAACUUACGAAGUACGUUCCUAGGCAGCUCUAAAUACAACAUACUGUAGCAAUCUAAUUAUCCUGGUUAUCUUUUGUUGAUUCGCCACAGAGUCAAAACCAUCAAAACAAAUCCAUCAUAACUUUGUUCAUGUGAGCUUGCCAUUUGCACGAGCAGGUUUUAAUGCUUAUUGGAAUGUAUGAAACAAUUCUGAACAGUUUCCCACUGGAUACUCUUCCUGCAAAAAAAGGGGGGGGCAUUAUUUGAAAUAUCAGAGUUCUGGUUAAGGCAAGUAACAAGAGCAGUAAGAUUGCCAUACCUCAGCCUAUCAGUGGCUUAGUGGUAGAAAGAAUCUUCAGCACCCAGGAAGUGGGGCUUCCUCUGGCACUGGUCUCCCAGAUCCUAGUUCAGCUACAACUUCUGAUCAUGCCUGAUUGCUGGCCAUGCUGGCUAGGAAUGAUGAAAGCAGUAGUUCAACAGCAUCAGGAGGAAAUCAUGUUGCUUAACCCUGAUCGAAAGCAUCCUCAAGAUACCUGUUCACAUUGCUCUAUUGAAAACUUCCAAGGAAGAAAGUUCAGCCGUCUCCUUCCACUAUUACAAUAGUGCUAUAGUUAUGCAAUUUUCCUAAACUGACCUUCACAUAUUUAAAACCCACUGUUACUUGCCUAUCCCCAGGAGAUAUUUUGAACAAUGGUUCUCUUCUCUCUUUUCAACACCCUUUAAAUAUUUAUAAGGAGCAGUACAUUCUCUCUUGAUGUUUUCCUCUCCAAAUAUUUCCAUGCAGAAUUUACAUAUAUGAGAUGCUUUCUGGAUCUUUUAUUAUUCUUAUGGCUCUCCUCCAAAUACUUCCAAAAACGUACCGCGCCUAUAUAGUAAUCCUGUAAAUACUUCCCAGAACAUCUUGAAACCCGGCUCUGAAAUGCUGCUUACUGUGCUUCAGAUGAAGUUUUUCCAGUUCUGAGUCUGGUGAUACUAUUAAGCCUCAUUUACAUGCAUUUGCCAGCAUCCCCUCAUUCCUCCCUGCUUACUGUAUCAGGGGCUUAUCAGUACUAUUGUGGUACAUAACCACACAAUCCAUCUUAAUCAUGGCGGCUUCAACAUUAGGAACGCUCUCCACUAGGAACACCAUUUGCACUCUCAUUUAUUCCAGAGAAGCUGACACCAUUCCUCCCAGAGCACUGUAUACUCUGACGUUUUCCCUGCUUUCUUCCUACUUCUAAAAGUGCUUCUUUGCAGUUUCUUUGUGAAGCUUUCAGGUGUGGACUGAUUAGAGCUGUUGACUUACCUGGUUUGCAGGUGCACGUGUGUGCACACACAUAUGCACAGUUAUUAUUUUUGUCAGUUCUGAUGGGGAAGAAUAAAAAUUAAACAAAAUGGAAGCCUACUUUGCAAAAGCCUGUCCUCACUGCAUAAAAUGACCAAGAGACUAUCCAGUUAACAGCAACAAAUAAGUAAUUUUGUUCCUAAUGAUGAGGACUGGGCAAUGUGCAAUCGACAUGCAACAGGGUAGAGCUAUAGAAUACAAAACCUUUUGUUGCUCUUUUUUAUCUGUAUGGACAGGGGGGGUGGCAUGGAAACAACUGCAGGGCAAUGGCAACCAUGCCACUCCACACAGGAUAUAACCCAGGCCUGAAAAUUUGGGAUAUAGUGCUUCAGAUAACUCAGGUUAAAAAAGCUUUGAUCACAACAUCACAUGCUUAAGUUAAAUAUAUCACUGCAUUUAUAAUGGAACACUAUUAUUUUCAAAAGGGGCUUGCUUGCUUUUAACAAGCUGUAGCAUAGCAGCUGCGUGUAAAACCUAGUACCUUCCAUUAAAAAUGAUCAGGAUGCAGGAAUGAUCUGUGCCAGAAAGAAGUUGCCAGUCUGAUGUGAGCUAAAUGGCUCCAUGCUUUACUUAGCAGAAAAUCUGCUAAGGAGGUGGUUAUUCCUGGGCUGUUAUUGCUUGUUCAGACCCAGAGACCUCCCCCCUAAAUAAAGACACACUUGACUCAAAUUUUUGUUUUGGUUUUUGACAGAAUUUCGGCCACAACUUUACAGAAGGUGAGUGGUUGCAUAGGCUCUGGUUCGACCAGCUCCCUACACCCUUGCAGGCAGCGCUGACCCAGGGCACCAGCAUAGGUCAGCCAAAGGUGAACACCUGGGUAGGCAAACAGCCGGGAACAGACUAUGUUCACCACCCAGAUGCCCCCCUGGACUCAGGCACAGACAUUAGGUCUCGGGGGUUGACCUAAUCAAGUUGAGUCCCUGGAUUCCUUUAACGGAAUACCCUUCACAUAGGGAUGGCGAGACCAUUCUCCCAUCCCUGUCACCUGAACCAAUGCCUAUCUGCAACCUUACAAGUUGUGAUGAUUUGCUACGUGGCAGGUGAAAACCCAAAUGGCAACAGCCAAUCAGCCAAGUGGGGAAAAUUCCUGCCGUGCCCCUGUCCCAACGACAGACGACACACGACGGCAUAGCAAGGUCAAUCACAAAAUGCCCUAAAUAUAGGGAGAGGUGGGCGGGUGUUCCAAUGCACGAGCCAAAAGAGGAAGCUCUGGGUCCCAUGCAUGGGUAUAUAAAGAUCCCUCGAUCCAUUUGGACUGCACCCCACUGGCCAGAUUGAACCCAGCAACAAGGGACCUAUCAAUCAGGUGUUGUGGCUGUCCAGUCUUACCCACCUACAACACAGGAGGUCAGUCUCCAGGUCUCACUGCAACACGUGCCCUCUUUUAGGGAGGAGACGGUUUGCCGCUGUUGUUCUUCACCAUCCAGUUUCCCUUAUUGUAUGUCUAAUUUAAGUUAGCAGACUUUGAUACAAAAACAGUCUUGUACUUCUCUGAAUAUUAGGUUUAGGUAGAAAUAUUGCGAGGAGUUUUGCAGUGUUAAUUGGCUUUGUUUGCUGUGGAUAAGAGAACAGGAGAGACUUAUGGUGUUUUUGUAAAUAUUUUAUUUGUGCCCCUUGCACAGGUGAGCAAGCAGUCCAGGACCACUGAGCAUACUGACUGA